AUGGAAGCCGUGUUGGCUGCGAGCAAGCCCCUCGACCAAAGAGCCAGCUGCCUGCACCCCAGUCCCUCGACCAAGGAGCCACCAGCCAUCCGCACCCCAGCCCCUCGGCCAAGGAGCCACCAGCCGCCUGCACCCCAGCCCCUCAGCCAAGCCUGCCCCCGAAGCCUCAUGAAGCUAACAGUGUCCCUCCCAGUCCUGCUCUGCUGGAGCACCCUGUGGUGGCUUCGAGAAGCCACAGCGGCCCAGGCCCCCGUUCCAGCCCUGCCCCACCGUUUCCUGCUCCAGUGCCUGGAGCAAGUGAGGAAGAUCCAGGCCCAGAGCUGGGAACUGCAGGAGAAGCUGUGUGCCUCCUACCAGCUAUGCCACCCUGAGGAGCUGGUGCUGCUAGGACACUCUCUGGGUAUCCCCCGGGCUCGGCCGAGCAGCUGCUCCAACAAGGCCCUGCAGCUGACGAGCUGCCUGGGCCCCCUGCACAGAGGACUCUUCCUCUACCAGGGCCUCCUGCAGGCCCUGGCGGGCAUCACCCCUGAGCUGGAGCCCACUGUGGAUCUGCUGCAACUGGAUGUCGCCGACUUUGCCACCAACGUGUGGCGGCAGAUGGAGGACAUGGGGGUGGCCCCAAGCAUGCAGCCUGCACCGGGCCCCAUGCCGACCUUCACCUCCGCCUUCCAGCGCCGAGCAGGGGGCGUCCUGGUGGCCUCCAGCCUGCAGACCUUCCUGGAACAGGCGUCCAGGCUGCUUCGAGGCCUGACCCAGCCCUGA